ACAUUUCGCGGUUCAAUGCAGAACGAUAAUAUUACCACGCAGGAAGACUCAAUUUAUUUUAUUUUAUUUCCAUGACUAUAUUUAUUUGAAAAGUUCAAACAAUCAACCAUGGCACCGGGUACCGCCGAGCUGGAAAUCGAUGAGACUUUGCACUUGCUUCGGAUGGUUAUGCAAAGGGAAUUCAUACAUUAUUUAGAAACAUUACCAGGAACAAAAGAGCUUUUUAUCGAUAAAUGUCUGUUAAGACCACUCGAUAUGAUUGCCACAUCAUCAGAUAUGAAACGACACGGAGUGAAACGAAUAAUGCAUUUUGAUUUACAGAAAUCACCACAGGUUUGGAACAUCGAAAUCGAUCAGCGAGUCUUCUUUCUAAGACCCAACGUAGAAAACGCCAGAAAAAUUGUCGAGUACGUGGAAGAGUCAAGCGAAAACCGAUCUAUUUGUGUGAUCUGGUGCAACAGGCAGUUAGAAGAAUGCGAUCUCGCUUUUGAAUCGUCUGGAGUCAUUGGACACAUAACUCAACUUAGCCUGAAUAUGUGCCUUUUGCCGUUAGAAAGCGAUUUAUUUUCAUUGCAACAUGUGGAAUCGGCGCAACCGGAUCUUUUCUCUGUUGCCAACAUGUUUGUAGCACUUCAAAAUUUAUACGGAGUAAUCCCAACAGUCUACGGAUUGGGAUCUGAAUCGAAGAAUUUAUGGAACCUAGUUCAUGCACUGUGCUCUAGUAACGAACUUCGAGCUCGACCAGAUCAACCAAUUAGUCAUUUAUUCCUAUUCGAUCGUCAACUUGAUCCGGUUCCUGUAUUGUUGACCGGAGCAUCUUACGAAGGUCUUCUUCAUGAAUUUUUUACCAUUGAUUGUGGGAAGCUUGCUUUCCCAGUAGAUCUACGGAAACAAGUUCAAACUGGCCCAUUGGAUUUUGAUUGGAUCGAGAUUAAUCCGGAAGAAGACAAGGAGGCACAUCAACAAAAUAGAGGAGAUACAGUGAAAUUGGAUAAUUGUGAGGACAUUUUUGCAUCGAUUCGAAACAAGCACGUCACAGCUGCCCUGGAGUUUUUACAUUCCAAAGCGAAAUCGAUACAGAAAAGUAUCGAAAAAUCAUCGAUGAUUGAUGAUGUUGCGGAUUAUAGAAACUUUGUUGAAAAAGACCUGAGAGCGCUCAAAAAGGAUCACAAGCAUUGUGAAUUGCACAUUAAUGCAUGCGAAAUGAUGAUGAAUAAAGUUAAAAUGGAAGAUUAUCGAACCAUGUUCAAAUUAGAACACGAAAUGCUACUCGGAACCGUAACCCAUGAAGAGUAUUUUGAUUUUGUUUUUGAAAGAGUUCCGAUGAGAUCCUGUCGUGAUGUGGUUCUAUCGAUGAUGUCACUUGCAUCUCUCAAAUUAGACGGAGUUCCUGAUGAUACGUACAACGAAUUCGUGGAAAUGUAUCUACAAAAGUACGGAUACGAGCAUAUGUUCGAACUUCAGAAUCUUCGAAAUUCCCGUGUUAUUUACGCCCGUCGACAUAUCGCACACGAUCGGACUAUUUCGGAACGUGCCAGGACAUGGGAAACAUUGGCAAGAAAGUUCAGAAUCGUUAAGGGAAACGAGCCAAUGGAUAUGUCAAAUCCUUCUGAUAUGAGUUAUGUUUUCGGUGCAAGAAUUUCUCCCCUGCUUUGCAAAAUCGUUGAAGAUACAAUAGAUCAUGGAUGGAAUCAAGCAGAAUAUGAACGAAUUAUUGGAAAAGAUAAAGUAUUAGUCGAAGAGAAUACAUAUAUUGCGGCAGAUCGUCGACCAGAUAAUCGUACUCGAAAAGCCAUCAUGGUCUUUGUCAACGGCGGAAUUACCUAUUGGGAAGUGGCAGCUUUACGGCUGCUGGCGAUUCAAAAGAACUUCAGAAUUCUCAUCUGCACAACGCAUGUCAUCAAAAAGCGAGAAUAUUUGGAAGUCAGAGCUAAAGACGCAUCUUCGGUUUUUGGAUCAUAACGGGAAUUAAUGUAUAAUAUAAUAUGGGUUUAGUUCUUCUGUUAAAUAGAAUCAUAAUAAAUUAUUGCUUACCUAACAAU